AGUUUUUUGCCCCGCUGCGCAGAUGUCGUAUCGAUCAUCUUUCUGCAUGCAUUGGCUGCGUCAGCCACUCGCACAUCACCCAUGUUCGCCCACUACCACCGCCACGUCGUCAUCGUCGUCGUCGCCGCUGUGGCGUCUACGGAAGCCCUCGUGUGCGCUGCGUUGCGUCUCGACCAACUUCUCUGGUGCUUCUGCUUCUGCCGCGGUGGCGGUGCGGACGGUCCCUCUCUUUGCGGCCCGCUUCUGUCAGACACACGCCGCCUCCCCCGUCGAGACAGCAGCAGAAGCAGAAGCAGCAGGAGCAGCGUCUUCAUCGUCCUCCGUAUCGCCGCCACUACGUGAUCGCUUCGUGUGCCCGGAGUGCGGCAAGCGCUUCCUCUGUGCCGCUAACCUUCUGCAGCACCGCAUCGCGCGUCACGGCCUUCACGUCGUGACGGCGGAGGAGACGGCGCGAGCGGCACUCAUCGCAGCCAACGCGGAGCUGGCCCGAGAGCUGGCGCGGCUACGCGCCCUUGUGAUGCAACUGAAAGGAGAAGAGCAGCCCGCCGUCACCACCACCACCACCACUAACCCCAACACGAUGACACACAACGCAUCAGCAGACGGCGCGUCGACCAUGACAAAAGCGUACCCCAGUGCGGUCUUAACGGGACAGCUGAUGGAGGUAAGCGCCGGUCUCGCGCGAGAGUGGCAGCGCAGCGGGCUGGCCCUCGGCACAGGUGUCUCAUUCGUGAGCUGUAUAGGGACCGUUCGCGGGCCGGUGCAAGUCGGGACACUCGCAGGCGCCGCCGCAGCAGCAGCAGCGUCAGCAGCAUCCCCGCGAGUGGUGCAGUUCACGUUGGAAGCCCAUGGUUAUCGUGAGCGCCGUCCCGGGCAGCUGAAGAUGUACCGCGCGCACAUGCUCGUGCGCUACAUCCCAUCCCGGCCCUACCAUGACAAGGUGAUCCGCAGCUCGACUGGCGAGACGGCAGCGGCGGCGGCGGCGCUCUUCGCUGUCGACGAGGGGGACGUGGUGCGAGUGCAGGGCCACUACGGCCUGCACAACAGCUACGACAUGGUCUCGAAGCUGCCGGUGGAGAACGUGGUGGUGGAGGCUGACUUUGUCGGGCUGCUCAUGCGGCGGCGGUCGUCGUCGUCUGCAGGCGCCGUCGUGCCGGGGAUGAAGAUCGUUGAGUCGUCCUCGCAAUGUGGACCAACGGUGAUGCACAAGGAAGGCGAGGCGGCAGAAGAAAGGAGGGAAGGGGUGGAGCCGGCGGUGGCGGCGGCACUGCCAGCGCCGCCUCUGACCUGCAGCACAACAUCAACGGCUUUCCACUCCUCAACCGAUCUGUUGAACUCCGCCCUCGCACCAGCAUCGACGACAACGGCAACGACGAGCGACAGCAGACGUACGAACUCCGCCGCGGGAACGGCGAGGCCGGAGCGUCGGUCUGGCGAAAAGGGCCAACACGCGAGGCGGUAA